UCUAAUAGUUAUCAGCUCGAAAACAUUGGAAGCGAAGUCAUCAUGGAAUUUUGAUGAACAUUACUUUAAUUUUGCCAUUCAAGGUUGCUCUAUACAUUGUCUUGUAUAAAGAUUCAUGUGGGAGAAGUUGAACACCUCUGUGACGAAAAACACACACACGCUCAUCAAUUUUUGGCACUAUACAUUGAAACCAAAUACACAUCCAGAAAAUUCAAGCAGGUAGAGGAAACUGCUCGAUCCCUUCUAGAAUUCCCUGUGUGUGUCCAGUUCAUUCUAGCAAAUGGUAAAUAAUAAGCGAAGACAUCGUACCUCCUCGAACGCUUGCGGAAAGCACUCGACUAUUCCAGAUCUGCUCGCUUCCACUAUAUAAACGCCCGGUUCGAGCAGCUCUCGUCAUAACAGUUCAAGCAAGAGAGAGCGAAACACUCACUUGAAAUCCAAAGCGCGAAGCUAUACGCAAGCAAUACCAAACGAAAACAAAGUUCCUAGUGAAGUCAGUUUGAAAUUUGAAGUAGUGAAAUAAGUGAAAAGUGUAUCAAUUCGAAUCGAAAACCACAAAGUGAAUCCAAAGCAAAAAUGUCUGCAAUUGGUAUCGAUUUGGGAACCACGUAUUCCUGCGUGGGAGUGUUCCAGCAUGGCAAAGUCGAAAUCAUUGCCAACGACCAAGGAAACCGCACCACCCCAAGCUAUGUGGCAUUCUCGGACACGGAACGACUCAUCGGUGAUGCAGCCAAGAACCAGGUGGCCCUCAACCCGCAGAACACAGUUUUCGACGCUAAGCGAUUGAUUGGACGCCGUUUCGACGACCCGAAAAUCCAGGCCGACAUCAAACACUGGCCCUUCAAGGUUUUCAACGAUGCCGGAAAGCCGAAAAUCGAAGUCGAGUUCAAGGGCGAGAAGAAGCGAUUCGCUCCGGAGGAAAUCAGCUCGAUGGUUCUGGUUAAAAUGCGGGAAACUGCUGAGGCCUAUCUGGGAAAAAGUUGCAAGAAUGCAGUUAUAACAGUUCCAGCAUAUUUCAACGAUUCUCAGCGACAGGCCACAAAGGACGCCGGAGCCAUUGCCGGACUCAAUGUGAUGAGAAUCAUCAACGAACCGACGGCAGCUGCAUUGGCUUACGGUCUUGACAAGAAUCUCAAAGGUGAACGAAAUGUCCUGAUCUUCGAUCUGGGUGGUGGCACAUUUGACGUUUCCAUCCUGAGCAUCGAUCAGGGUUCGCUAUUCGAAGUAAAAGCUACGGCUGGUGACACUCAUCUGGGAGGAGAGGACUUCGACAAUCGCAUGUUGUCACACUUUGUGGAAGAGUUCAAGCGCAAGUAUAAGAAAGAUAUCUCAUCGAAUGCCCGAGCCCUACGACGACUGCGAACGGCAUGUGAACGAGCGAAGCGCACAUUGUCUUCCAGCACUGAAGCUACUCUCGAAAUCGACGCCCUGGCCGACGGAAUCGAUUUCUACACGAGGAUUUCCAGAGCUCGAUUUGAGGAGCUGUGCUCGGAUCUGUUCCGAUCCACACUUCAACCAGUUGAGAAGGCUCUGUCCGACGCCAAAAUGGACAAGAGCACAAUUCACGACAUCGUUCUGGUUGGUGGAUCAACUCGCAUUCCAAAAGUCCAGAAUCUGCUGCAAAACUUCUUCUGCGGAAAGUCACUGAAUCUGUCAAUCAACCCGGAUGAGGCCGUAGCUUACGGUGCUGCAAUACAAGCUGCCAUCCUCAGCGGAGACAAGGACGAAAAGAUCCAAGAUGUCCUGCUCGUUGAUGUGGCUCCACUCUCCCUGGGCAUCGAGACAGCUGGAGGAGUCAUGACCAAACUAAUUGACCGUAACAGUCGAAUCCCGUGCAAACAGACCAAAACAUUCACAACAUAUGCGGACAACCAGCCAGGAGUAUCGAUCCAGGUGUUCGAAGGAGAACGUGCCAUGACCAGAGACAACAACCGUCUGGGACAGUUCGAACUAUCUGGCAUUCCACCAGCUCCCAGAGGCGUUCCGCAAGUUGAGGUUACAUUCAAUUUGGAUGCCAACGGCAUUCUAAAUGUAACGGCCAAGGACAAAAGCAGCGGAAACGAGAAGAACAUCACCAUCAAGAACGACAAGGGCCGACUGAGCCAGGCCGAUAUCGACCGGAUGGUGAACGAGGCAGAAAAGUACCGCGAAGAAGAUGAAAAACAGCGAGAACGCAUUUACGCCCGGAACCAGCUGGAAGCUUACUGUUUCCAACUGAAGCAAUCCCUCGAAUCGGCCGGAGAAAAACUGAGCGAAUCGGACAAGAACACCGUGAAAGACAAGUGCGACGAAACGCUCCGAUGGCUGGAUGGAAACACGAUGGCCGAGAAGGAUGAGUUUGAACACAAGAGGCAAGAGCUGAGUCGAGUUUGCAGUCCGAUCAUGACUCGGUUGCAUCAGGGUGGAGCCGAAGCUGGAGCAAGAGAUUCAAGUUGUGGAGGACAGCAAACAGGAGGAUGUGGUGGCCAAUCGCAAACGGGGCCAACCAUCGAGGAAGUUGAUUAAAAUGGGUUGAGAGAUUGAAUGAGACUGAAUAUUUGUUAGAUUGGCUGUUGAUAUGGACGAUGCAGAUCGUUUGUUGAUUCUUUGUAAAUAUCGAGUUGGGAAAAUCACAAGGAAGAUCAAUUAAAUAGUGCAUCUUAUUAUGUUAUUUUGUUAAAUAAAAUAUACUAGCAAAAA